AGGGGCCCUCUCAAGUUGCUGAGAGCAAGGAGAGGAACUGAGGUUUGUGAGCACGGUGGCUUGUCCGUUUCCUGUUUCGUCAGGCUGCCGCCGUGCAAGAAGAAUGUCGGUACAAGAGGAGACUGGUGAGGGGGCUCGGGACGUCUGACUCACCGCCUUCCUGGCCAUCUGAGACCAGAGAGACUCGGAAAGGGCUGAAGCCUCUCCUGAGACACUUGAGACAGGACCUGGGACCGGAGAUCCGAGCAGCUGUUCCAGGCGCUGGAAGCCAAGCACAACAGGUGCUCGGGAGGUCACCAUGAUCAGCUCAGGCCCCAAGUCCUCCCCUGGCUUGGCUCGGUGGGCCGAGAGCUAUGAGGCCAAGUGCGAAAGACGUCAGGAGACUCGAGAAAGCCUCCGCUACCGCCGCAACGAGACCGCUUGCCGCCAGCCAGGGAAGGUGCCCCCAAGGACCCAGCACAGGGAACGGCUUCAGAGAGCUCGGCAGCUCCAGUUCCUCAGGAGGAGAAACCUGGAAGACGAGAAGAGAGGCCAGGACGGGGAGCAAGGGCCCUCCCGCAAGACAGAAGGAGGGACAGGCCAGGUGACUGUCCUCAGGGAGUCCUUGCCUGGUGCCAACAAGCCCUCUUCCCCUGGACGGCAGGUAACAGGGACGAGCUCUGCCGUUUCAACCCUGCAUCAUUCCUCCUCGAACAUCCAGGGAGACUUGGACGGCCUCCAUGCCUCACACAUGGCAGCCUCUCCGCUGCCGCUGCAGGACUCUGCAAUUAAGAAGCCACACAGACAGCACCGGGGUACUCAGACAAAGGCAGAGGAGGCACAGCCAACGGCAAAGAAUGACGCCAGUCAGCAAACCAACUGUGGAGUUGCAGUCCUAGACAAGGACAUCAUCCAGCUCUCCGAGUACCUCAAAGAAGCCCUACAAAGGGAGCUGAUCCUGAAGCAGAAAAUGCUGAUUCUACAGGACCUGUUGCCUGCCCUGGCCCGGGCCUCCGACAGCUCUUGGAAGGGGCAGCUUAACGAAGACAAACUCAAGGGCAAACUGAGGUCCCUAGAAAACCAGCUCUACACCUGCAUGCAGAAGCACACUCCCUGGGGAAUGAAGAAGGUGCUGCUGGAGAUGGAAGCCCAGAGGAGCAGUUACGAGCAGAAGGCUAAGGAGUCACUGCAAAAGGUGCUGGAGGAGAAGAUGAGCGCAGAGCAGCAGCUGCAGAGUGUGCAGCUGUCCCUGGCCUUGGCGGAGCAGAAGUGUGCAGAGUGGAGGAGUCAGUACGAGGCUCUUAAGGAGGACUGGAGGGCCCUAGGGGACCAGCACAGGGAGCUGGAGAGCCAACUGCAUGUGCUUCAGUCCAAACUACAGGUGGCAGACAGCAGAGACUCACAAAUGAACCAGGCCCUGAGGCUUCUAGAAAGCGAGCACCAGGAGCUUCAGGCCAAAAUCGAGUGCCUGCAAGGGGACAGAGAGCAGCAGAGCUCUGACACCCGGGACCUGCAAGAUCAACUGAGGCGGUCGGAGGAGGAGAAACGGGCCCUGGUGAGCAGAGUACAGCAGUUGCAGAGUCUGCUUCAGAAACAGUCCUUACACCAUCGAGAACGGGAGAAACUCUUAAAGAAAGAUCAGGCUUUACCUGUGUGGAAUCCAAAGCUCUCCCUUGAUGAAGCAAAGCCCAAGAGUACAGGGGAGGAGAAAGACUGGGAGCUCAGAGACCAGCUACAAAAGGAGACAUCUCAGCUCCAGGCCGAGGAAAAGGAGCAGCAAUGUGGCCACUGGCUCCCGGUGCUGAUGGUGGUGAUUGCUACAGCACUGGUGGUGUUCCUGGCAAACAAAGAGAACCUGGCGAUCUGAAUAACUUCCUAGCACCUGUCUGUCUGGGUAACAUGCAGAAGCAAACAAUUCCAUGAAAAACUUGAGCUUUUGGGCUUUACAACUUGAGUUUUCUCUCCAAGUGAAUCCAGAUCCCUAGUUUUGUUUUGUUUCGUUUUCCACCAUGCUCUAAGUAAGCAUGACUAUUCCUCAGAAACUGUAUAUUCCUGGAAAACGCUGCAUGAGUAUGACACUUGGA